AUGGCGGCAUACUUCGGGCAUACGAACUGCCUUCAGAUCCUCGUUGAGAAACACAAGGCAGGCAUCAAAGAAGAAGGCAUGAACAUCGAGAUUACCGACUCUGAAGGAAUCACUGGUCUGAUGGUCGCCUCUUACCACGGCCAUUGGGAUAUUGUGAAGUACCUCAUCGACGUCGGCGCAGAAGUGAACAGGAGGAGGACCGACGAGAGAAGUGUGUUACACGCAUGCGCAGAGUCGGGGCGCCUGGCAGUGAUGGUGUUGCUGGAUCACAACGCUCUUAUGAACGUUGAUGCUUACGGAACAACCCCUUUGCUGGUCGCCUGUUUUUACGGUCAUGCGAACAUCGUCCAGUACCUGAUCUCCAGAACAGACCUGACACCUGCCAGAGAUAAACUCGAUGCGCUGGAGCUUCUUGGAGUGACGCUUCUUACCGAAAUGCAUUAUUUGACAGGUGCUCUCAGUUGCUGGAAAUGGGCGAUGAAUCAGAGAUACGCCAACGGAGCCCUGAUUUAUCCGAAGGUCGGGCAUCGCUUGCUAAGAUGUUCGUGUAAUGACUUUACUGAGGUCACAACCCUCCAUGAACUGGAGAGAAUAGAAUCCGAUGUCGAUGCUUUAGAAGUGCAAUCCUUACUUGCAAAGGAAAGGAUUUUAGGACCUCAUCAUUUUUCCACACAGAAAGCUUUUCAGUCUAUGGGCAUCGGGUACGUGAAUCGUGGUGAUGUUAACAAGUGUCUCAGAUUAUGGAUGCACGCUCUGCGUAAUGAUCAGGUUCAUCACGAACCCUCAGACGAGAAGAGGCUGUUUCACAUCAAGUCUUUCGCUGCAUUAUUUAUAAAUCUGACCACCGGCCAGAACCUACCGUAUGCAGGCUUGAGGCCAACGACGUAUUUUGAGGAUUUCUUGCGCGCCUUGGAAUUGAAGAAAGCAGAGAGCAGUUGUGGUGGCUCCCAACCUCAUCGAAAUGCAAAACGUGCCAUUCAGGCUUACCAUGUCAUUUACAUAGCGAUGCAUUUCUUAUUUGCAGUAGCAAAGCCACUUCCUGAUGUCUCACCCUCACAGUGGCACAGUGUGAAAGAAGCUGUCUACAGGUUUGUGAAGGCAGAUCCUAGGAACGACGCGGGCGCGACACUUCUGCAUAUAGCUUGCACCAGAGAAGACCAGAUGUACGGAGAAUCAGUGCCCGGCCGUAUCUUUCCCAGUCUGGAAGUAGUAAACCUUCUUUUGGAAACAGGAGCCGAUCCUUGUGCCACAGACUUUGAGGGCAGCUCGCCCCUCCACGCUCUCGCCAAUAACGGAGUGCCCCACAGGUAUAGUGAAGGCCCUUUUAUCAGCAGGUGCGCAUUUGGAUGCUGCCGAUAG